AUGGCAAAUCUUGUGUUAACCAUAAUUAGUCUUCUUGCCAUUGGAUGGACACUUGUCCACGCUGGUGAACCUAGCCCGCUUCAAGAUUUCUGCGUAGCAGACUUCGAUAGUCCAGUGAGAGUGAAUGGUCAUGCAUGUCUAGACCCUAAAAAGGUAACAGCUGAUCACUUCUUCUUCGAAGGACUACAUAAACCUGGAAACACAUCAAAUCCCUUGGGGUCCUUCAUAAACCGGCCGACCGUGGAUGAAAUUCCCGGCCUCAACACUCUAGGCAUCUCCACCGUACGAGUUGACUAUGCACCACGUGGCAUUGUUCCUCCCCAUCGACACCCUCGGGCAUCGGAAAUUUUGACAGUGUUGGAGGGGGAAGUUAUUUGUUAUUAA